AUGGAUCUUGUCAGCUAUAACAUCGCAACGCUAAAUAUCAACACGAUCACAAGUACCACUAAAAUCAAUGCCCUUCGAACCUUCGCUCAUGUCAUGGAUCUGGAUAUCAUCUUCUUGCAAGAAGUGGAAAACACGGAACUAUCACUACCAGGAUACACUGUGCUAUGUAACGUCGAUCACACACGAAGGGGAACUGCCAUUGCCCUUAAAGAUCACAUCCGAUUCUCUCAUGUGGAGAGAAGUCUUGAUAGCCGACUCAUCUAUGCACGCGUGAACAAAACAACUCUGUGCAACGUAUACGCUCCCUCUGGUUCAGUCCAUCGAGCUGAGAGGGAACGUUUCUUCAACUACACGAUUCCAUAUUAUCUUCGGCACCGUACCGAGCACACCAUCCUCGCAGGAGAUUUUAACAGCGUAAUACGUCCAUGUGAUGCCACAGGUAUAAAUACCAGCCCAGCUCUUCAAACCAUUAUACAACAACUACAACUACAAGAUCUCUGGGUACAACUACGCUCAAACGAAGCGGGCCACACGUACGUCUCUCACAACUCUUCAGCAAGGCUGGACCGCAUCUACACUAGUCUUGGACUUCGACAGCACCUGCGCGCAACACAAACGCAUCCCAUGGACGGGGGUAUUGGUCUCUCCGCCCACACCUUCUAA